AUGGAAUUUAAUACGAAACAUAAAAAAUUAACAAAAGCCAAAAAUUCUGUACGUACGCCUUCAAUUGCGAGAUCACGUUUAAACAAAAAGAAAAUUAUCACGAGACAAAGAAAAUGUGCGUGUCUUCCUGAAAAUUAUUCUGUGGUAGAAUUCCCAGCAAUUUGGAAUGAACUACGACAAAACGGUCAGCUCUGUGAUGGAACGAUAAUGUGUAGGGAUUUGAAAGCAAUAGGUGUUCAUCGCGCCAUACUAUCAGCAGUUAGCCCAUAUUUUAAAGCUAUAUUUAUAAACUCUUUAAACAAAGGUGAACCUGAGGAAACUAAAAUAUUUGUAGAUGUUCCUAGUUUCUAUAUGAAUCUAAUACUGGAUUACGCUUAUACUGGAACUUGUAAGGUUACAGCAGAGAAUGUUGAGUAUCUUCUGCCAUACGCAGACAAAUUCGAUGUUGUGGGAGUUAUCCAACUUUGUUGCCAGUACUUACUGCAAGAAUUAAAACCUCAUAAUUGCCUAGGAAUAUUUAAAUUUGCUCGAUAUUAUUUUUGCGGUGAAUUAGAAAAGAAGGGGAAAAUGUUUAUAAGACAGCACUUUAAUAAGAUACUAAAGGAAUGUAAUGAAUUUAAAUCGCUUACUUUCGAAGAAUUGGAAGACAUUUUACGAGAUGACGAACUGAACGUUAAAAAUGAAGAAAUUGUUUUUCAAGCUUUAAAGACUUGGGUCGAACAUGACUUAGAAAACAGGAGAAAGUACAUUCCGUCAUUGCUUUCAUGCGUUAGAUUUGGUCACAUAAGUUUUAAAUAUUUCAAAUCAAAAAUAUUACAAUGGCAGCCAGUGGUUGAUGAUGUGAAAUGCCAAGAAGCGUUAUACCCAGCAGUGGUGUUUUUAACAUUACUAGAUUCAAGACCUGGUAUGGAAGCAGAUUUAAACGAUCCACUGGCGCGACCUAGAAUUCCUUUUGAAAUACUUUUUGCUGUUGGAGGAUGGAGUGCUGGUAGUCCUACGAGCUUUGUUGAAACAUACGAUACAAGAGCUGACCGCUGGUUUCUUUCAAUUCACAUGGACCUUACUCCACGUGCUUAUCACGGCCUCUGCACACUGAACAAUCUGAUUUAUAUGAUCGGAGGUUUUGAUGGUAGUGACCAUUUUAAUACGGUACGUUGUUACGACCCUGUCACUAAUACGUGGCACGAACGCGCCUGUAUGUAUCAAGCCAGAUGCUACGUCAGCGUUGUCGUGCACGACGGUAUGAUAUACGCACUUGGAGGAUAUAAUGGACGUACUCGUAUGGCUUCAGUAGAACGGUACUAUCCUGACAGAAAUCAAUGGGAGAUGACCACUCCAAUGAAUAAACAGCGCUCAGACGCUAGCGCGGCAUCACUAGGUGGCAAGAUUUAUAUAGUGGGCGGUUUUAAUGGACAAGAAGUAUUGAGUUCUGCAGAGGUCUUUGACUCAGAGACGCGUCAAUGGAGUUUCAUCAGGUCGAUGCUCAGUCCUCGCUCGGGAGUUAGUCUCAUCGCCUACAGGGAAUGCUUAUUCGCGCUAGGUGGCUUCAAUGGAUACAGUCGUCUGAAUACUGGUGAGAAAUUUAAUCCACAACGCGGCGGCGAAUGGCAGGAAGUAACGGAAAUGUUUAGUGCAAGAAGUAAUUUCGCCACGGUUCUGUUGGACGAUAUGAUUUUUGUCAUCGGAGGAUUUAAUGGGUCCACAACAAUUCCUCUCGUGGAAUGCUACGAUGGAGAUACUCUAGAGUGGUACGACGCCGCUCCAAUGAACUUGAAUCGUUCAGCGCUCAGUGCUUGUGUUCUUGCCGGUUUACCGAACGCGCGUUCCUUCUCUUAUUUGGCGAAAGCUGUGCCUGCCGCUGGUGCUGAUCAAGCUCCUCAAUCCUAA